AUGACCGACACCCAGGCCGGCUCGCUUGAGAGCCGACACCCCAGAGAAAAAGUACCGACAACGCUGGCCCGAAACGGCAGGAGACAAGCCGACUCGCCCGUUCGGUCGACUAGCGCACGAGCCCAGCCAUGGGGAUUCGCCGUGGGGAUAUCGGAGCCGGGGGGAAAGGCCUGGACACAACUGCUCUGCAACCCAAGCCUCUCUCCCCGCCUUGCCUCCUCCACAACAAGGAGGAGGGCCGAUACGGGUCCUGGGUCCUGGGUCCUUGAGCUACUCGCGCUCCAAUGA